AUGGCUCUCAGCUGCGAGGCCGAGUGCUCCACGGCGGCCAUGACACGGCCCGACCAGCGUAAGACACGACCGUCUAGAGCGCGCAAGCUCAGAGCCGCAUGUGCAUCAGCCUUGCUGCUUUCGACGACGCAGUUCACCGGCGUCGACGCCCUCUUUGGCAUCGGAGAGAAGCGCUUCAAGUACGAAGGCCUCAUCAAUGCAGGCAGUCUGGGUCUCGACCGUGUACAAGGGCAGUUAGCCGCGUGGGGCGACUGGAAUGGCGACCAAUUCCUCGAUGCCAUCGUCGUCGACGCGGAUCGCCAGACAGCCAGCGUUCAUCUGUGGGAUCGCAACAGCUUUGCCUUUGGGCGCGAUCCAGCAGCCACGAUUCAACUCACAUCCGGCAACAAGAUCACAAAUGUGGUUGCAGCAGAUGUCAACUACGAUGGCCGCCUCGACUUGCUCAUCAUGUCCCAGAGCGCGGCUGCUUCAGCCAAGCAGCUCUUCAUGGAUGUCUUCCUCGGUAAGACCGACGGAAGCGGCUUUGAAUCAAUACCACACUCUGUACCUUCUUCCACCUUGGCGCAACCGGUCACCAUUGAUGCCUCCGGCGAUAUGCAGAUGGAUCUGCUGGGAAUCCCUUUCAGCGACGCUGCCACUCCAGCUAAGGACGCAACCGAACUCAAGAUUUGGCGCAACCUUCUGACAGGGACCGACAAAAACACCACGGCCGCCUUUGAUAUCGCAGAUGCUCCGUUGCUCGAUGCUACCAAGGCACCCGCUUGUAAGCUCGCCAAUCCACACAGCUCUGCCUUUGUCGACCUCAACGGCGACUGCCUCGCAGACCUAUUCCUCGUCUGCUCAGAAGAAUCUUUCCUCAGCACCAAGCUCACCUAUCAGAUCUGGACCGCCGUCAAGCCCAAUUCAAAGGGACAAGGAUCAGGUUUCCAGCUCGCUUCGACCGGAGAACUACCACCUGGCACGGGAGCGUUGAGCUUUGGUGAUAUCGAUCGUGAUGGAACCAUCGAUGUCAUCUUCCCCACUUGCGAUCGUAGCGGCGAUAACUGCUUUGUCAACGUCGCAUUCAACCGACAGAUCCCGCUCUGCUCGCCGCGUAUCGAUGGCUUCUUUGGUGGUGGACCCGGCUACGGCUCUUUGUCUACGGGCAAGAAGAAUGCCACCACGUCGAGCUCAUCGGCCGGUGCUUCCGGCAGCGCUGCUACAAAGAGAAAGCCCGACCCGCAAUGCAGGGAAGCAGAAGACCUCUGUGUCGCCGACGACAACUUCCGCGUCAACUUCAGCGUCAGCAAGGAGAACACCGAUCUGCUGCGUGUGCCUGUCGACAAGCUGACAGGCGACAGUCGCAUCUUGCUCACCGAUGCGCUUGCGCCAUCGUUCCUCACUCUGCCCAACUCGCUCCAUUUGGGGGACUACAACAAAGAUGGAUAUCCGGAUCUCGUCCUGGUGACGGUCCCCGACAAGCUCGCAUCUGGCGGUCGCAACAGUGCGCGUGGCAAUGGCGAGACGCGCGUGCACAUUCUGCGAAACCUCGAGUGUGGCAAAGUGCCAGCCAGCGAGAAGGCCGGUCUGGGAUGCUCGCCGGAUCGUCCUGAAGGCAGGACGUUCAUCAAAGUCUCUGCGGGAGCCAACGCGAUCGAGAUGCUGAGGGACGUUCGCAGCGCUAGCUGGCUCGACAUCGACGAGGAUGGCACGCUCGAUCUGCUGCUGCAGAGAACACCGUCGACGUCGGACGGUAUGGAUUCUGGCCGCCGCAUCACUUUCAUACAGAACAACUACUUCCACGACUCGUUCUUCCUCAAAGCUCUCACGCUCAAUGGAGCGUGUCAGGGACUCUGCGAGCCCAAGGAUGCGCCCAAAUUCCAGCCUUGGGGCACCAACUACGGCGGAGCCUCAUUCAAGUUUACCGUGCUCGACCCGAACGGCGUGCGACGCGCACAGCAGGUCGGGCAGCUACCGCAAACCGCCUACCGCUCCCUCCUCACGCCGUACAGCUAUUUCGGACUGGGACGCACCAACAACUAUGUCGAAUCGCUCUUCAUCGGCUCGACGCGCAGGCAGAAGGAGCACUUUUUGGCACUCGAAGGUGUGAUCCCAAACAGCCAGGUUGUCAUCAACCCGUGGCAGGGCGGACCCGGCAGUGAGGAUGGAGCUGGUGGACCCGGGACAUGGACCAAACAGCUCUACUUGCAUCCUGGCGACUGGAUCCCGUGGGUGACGGUGGUGCUCAUUACGACGAUUGUUGGGUUGGCCGUGGUUGUGAUUGUGCUGCACGUCAACGAGAGGAGAGAAGACGAGCGCGAGCGGAAGCGCGCUGUGCAUGCGAUCAACUUUGAUGCGCUCUGA